GAUCACAAAGGUAGUUAUUUCAAAUAUCCAUCCGCCCACCCAUCCAUUUUAUUUGCCGCUUAUCCUCAGGAGGGUCGCAGGAGUGCUGCAGGAGCCCAUCUCAGCUCUCGAGGGCCAGGAGGCUUGGGACACCCUGAACUGGUCGCCAGCCAAUCGCAAGGCACACGGAAACAGACAAGAGUCGCACUCGCAAUCACACCUCGGGCCAAUGAAUGCAUUUCUUUGGGGUGUGGGAACCGGAAGGCGGGGCAAACGACACCUAGGACGGGACAGGAUUUGAACCCGGAUCCACAGAGCUGUGAGGCCAACGCUCUACAGCUGCGCCGCUCACAACGAUAGCAAUGAAUGGUCGGCGUUUCACAAGACUUGUCAGCAUUCAAAGGUUAUGUUAUAUGUUGAACUGUGUACAUUAGAAGUAAAUCUUGUCACCGGAACCGGACUGCGGAUGCGCGGGGCGGCGCAGCUCCUCUCAUCUACCGCUAGGGGGCCUCCCUCCCGGUCGGCCCGCCGGCCGGCCAGUGCGGCCGCGGUGCCUGCAAGGCUGCUGGUUCGACGGCGCAGUUGCUUGUUUCUCUCUUCUCUCGCGCCGGUGGUCGGCGGUGGAGGCGCUGGUGGGCUCGCCUCGCUCUCGCUCUCCCUGAGUCGGGCAGCAGCAGCAGAAGCAGCAGCAGCAGUCGUCGUCGUCGUCGUCGUCGUCGUCGCCGCCGCCACUGCGCGUCGCUCGACGAGAUGUUGCAGCAGCAGCAGCAGCAACAGCCGCCGCCGCCGCCGCCGCCGCCGCAGCAGCAGCAGCAGCAGCAGCAGCCGCAACCUCUGACGGCCAACGGGGCCUCGAACGGCCGGGGCCUGGCCAUGAGCGGCCACCCCGGCGUGGCGCACCGAGUCCCGCCGCCGCAGCGCAACGACGAGCCGGCGGGCCUGCUGGAGAACGGCGCCGAGAACGGACACGAAGCCCGCCGGGACAUCGGCGACAUCCUGCAGCAGAUCAUGACCAUCACCGACCAAAGUCUGGACGAGGCGCAGGCCAAGAAACACGCUCUCAACUGUCACAGAAUGAAGCCCGCCUUGUUCAGCGUGCUGUGCGAGAUUAAAGAAAAAACAGGCCUGUCCAUGAGGAACAACCAGGAGGAGGAGCCCCAGGACCCCCAGCUGGUGCGCCUGGACAACAUGCUGCUGGCCGAGGGCGUGGCCGGGCCCGAGAAGGGCGGCGGGGCGGCGGCGGCCGUGUCGGCGGCCACCGGCUCGGGCGGCAUGUCGCCCGACAGCUCGCUGGAGCACUCGGACUACAAGAGCAAGCUGAGCCAGAUUCGCGGCAUCUACCACACCGAGCUGGAGAAAUACGAGCAGGUGCGUGCGGCGGAAAAUCGCCAAAGAGGCGGGCGGGGACGCGGCCGACGCGUGUCAACGUUUGGGCUCCCUUUGCAGGCGUGCACCGAGUUCACCACCCACGUGAUGAACCUGCUGCGGGAGCAGUCUCGCACGCGGCCCGUCACGCCGCGCGAGAUCGAGCGCAUGGUGGGCAUCAUCCACCGCAAGUUCAGCUCCAUCCAGACGCAGCUCAAGCAGAGCACCUGCGAGGCCGUCAUGAUCCUCAGGUCUCGCUUCCUGGACGCCAGGCGCAAGAGACGCAACUUCAGCAAGCAGGCCACCGAGGUGCUCAACGAAUACUUCUACUCGCACCUCUCCAACCCGUACCCCAGCGAAGAAGCCAAAGAAGAACUCGCCAAACAGUGCGGGAUCACCGUCUCUCAGGUCUCCAACUGGUUCGGCAACAAGAGAAUCCGCUACAAGAAGAACAUCGGCAAGUUCCAGGAGGAGGCCAACCUGUACGCCAUGAAGAACGCUUUGGGGGCGCGACAGGGCGACGACUCGCCGCACACGCCCACCUCCACGGGGUCGGGCUCUUUCUCGGCUGACCUGUUCCUCGGGGUCCCGCCGGUCAACGGAGACGCCGCCUACCAGAUGGGGGUGCAGGGCAACGGGAGCUGGCAGGCUCGGAGCUCGCCCCCGCUGGGCACCUCCCCCCGCAGCGACCAGUCGGACAACUCGGACUGAGCCGGACAAAAAAGAUUGAGGAGCGACAAAGACAGAACGAAUGAUAUGUUUCCCCAACCCCCCCCCCCCCCCCCCCCCACUCGCCCCGCUCGGCUGUGCUUGUUUUACUUUUUACCUUCUCGGCUUUUGUGUUUGUUUUUUGUUUAUUUUGGGGUGAACGUGGGCGUUUGCGUCGUGUGCAUGCAGGGUGUGAUUUCAUUUUUAUUGUUGCUUUCAGCAUCAGGGCUUGUCUUUUUUCCACUACGUGUGUGUGUGGGUGGGUGUGGGUGGGGGGGGGGUGAUUGCAUUAUUAUUAUUAUUAUUGUUUUAAGCACACUAGAAGAUGAAUAUCAAAAAUGUUUUUGCUGUUUUAUGACUCGAUGGCUGAAGCGCGAGAAUGACAGGCCAAUAGAGAAAAUCCAAAGACUGUAUGUUUGUUUCUCUCUCUUUUCGCCCCCCACUUUUUUUUUCCGAUGUGUGCCUGCGUGCGUAUGUUUUUGUUUGAUUUUUUUUUUUUUUCUGUACAGUGAAACAGCUGUACUGUAUUCUCUCUACCUCUUUUACAAUAAAGACUCUCUGUAUUCACAA